GUGACGUCACACACAGAUUUCCUUCCGCCAUGACCGAUAGCGAAAGAUAGAGUCUCAUCGAUCGGGCGAAAGAAUCUGCCAAGAUGUCGGGCAACGUUGGAAUGGAGCAUUUGAUUCCUAUUGUGAACAAAUUACUAGAUGUAUUUGCUUCACUAGGAGUUCCUUUAUCAUUGGAUUUACCACAAAUUGCUGUCGUAGGGAGCCAGAGUGCCGGCAAAAGUAGUGUCCUCGAGAACUUCGUUGGCAGGGACUUUCUGCCUCGAGGGUCUGGAAUUGUGACAAGGAGACCUCUUGUGUUACAGCUGAUUAACAGUAAAACUGAAUAUGCGGAAUUUGUGCACACAAAGGGCAAAAAGUUCACCGAUUUCAGCUUGGUUAGGAAAGAAAUCGAAGAUGAAACCGACCGAGCAACAGGAAGCAACAAAGGCAUCUCCAACAUCCCCAUCAACCUGCGGGUGUAUUCCCCUCAAGUUCUCAAUCUGACCUUGAUUGACUUGCCCGGCAUGACCAAGGUGGCGGUCGGGGACCAGCCCCACGACAUUGAGAUCCAGAUCCGCUCUAUGCUCAUGGAGUUUAUCCAGAAGGAGUCGUGUCUCAUCCUGGCCGUCACGCCCGCCAACGCCGAUCUGGCCAACUCCGACGCCCUGAAGAUUGCUAAAGAAGUGGACCCACAAGGCCUGAGGACGAUCGGCGUGAUCACCAAGCUUGACCUGAUGGACGACGGGACCGAUGCACGGGACAUCUUGGAGAACAGACUGCUGCCUCUGCGGAGAGCUACAGGCACAUGGCAGACCGGCUGGGGACUCCGUUCCUCCAGAAAGUUCUGAACCAGCAGCUGACCAAUCACAUCCGCGACACGCUGCCCUCCCUACGCAACAAGCUGCAGUCUCAGCUGCUGUCUAUGGAGAAGGAAGUGGAGGAAUACAAGAACUUCCGGCCCGACGACCCAGCCAGGAAGACCAAGGCCAUGAUGCAGACCGGUCUGUUCACGCCCGACAUGGCCUUUGAGAGCAUCGUGAAGAAACAGAUCAAACGUCUGAAGGAGCCCUCUCUACACGCCGUCGACCUGGUCGUCACGGAACUCUCCAACGUUGUCCGCAAGUGUUCGGAGAAGAUGUCUCGCUACCCUCGUCUACGGGAAGAGACGGAGCGCAUUGUGAGCACACGCAUCAGAGAGCAGGAACAAAUUGUGAAGCAGCAGAUCCUGCAGUUUAUUGAGAUACAGCUGUCUUACAUGAACACCAACCACGAGGAUUUUAUUGGCUUUGCUAACGCUCAACAAAAGUCAGAGAACACUAACAAGAGGAAGCUGGGCAACCAGUGCUAGCAGAUAUCCGUAUGACAGCACUCGAACUCCAUCCACCCGCUCCCAAGCACCAAAGACGACUACGCCUCGGUGGACCCACAGCUGGAACGUCAGGUGGAGACAAUCAGGAACCUGGUGGACUCCUACCUCAAGAUUGUCAACAAAACACAGCGAGACCUGGUGCCCAAGACUAUCAUGUACCUCAUCAUCAGCAAU